GCAGCGCCCUCGCGCGCUUACACCCAAAUACGCGCGUGCGUCCCACGUUCCGCGAUUCGCGUAUAUCGCCACACUGUAUCCCCGAAAAAGAUGGCCGCCAUGAAAGCGUACGGUGGUGAUGUUGACGUUAUCGUUCGCACCGAGGUCGCGUCACGUCCUCGCGCAUCGUGAAGAUAGUCGUGCGUGCGUGCGUACGUCCGCGUGCGCCGUGUGGACCGUGCCGUCGUGCCCAUCGAGCAUCGUCGCAGGCGACGAACAUACGUGAGUGAGUGCGAGAGAGAGAAAGAGAGAUAGAUAGAGAGAGAGCGCGAACGAAGGUGGUGCCCGUUGAUCCGUACGUCGAGUGAAAUUUCGUGCGAGAUUCCACGGUAUCUUUCUCCCUCUCGGCGUUCCUGAUUCGACGAUCAACGGAACGUCCUGAGGAAACGAGCGCUCGAGUGAGAGAGAGCGAGAAAGGACGAAGGAGGAAGGAGAGACGGACAGCUAGUUAGAGCGAGAGAGAGAGAAAGAGAGAGAGAACGAGAGAUAACGAGUGCUCGAAAACUCGUAUAUACGUGCCUCGUUGCGAGUGAGACAGCGUAGCCCGGAAAACGUCAGGCGCACGUUCACGCGGACGGGAAAGGAUCGGGAUCGCGCGAUCGGAGCGAUUUGACGAGGAGGAAGAUCCAGGACGGAAGUGCGAGCGAGAAAUCGGCAAGAAUAGCCGCCGGGUCGCCUGGCGCGUGGAAAAAAUCCGGCGAGGGAGGAUUGAGGAACAGCGAGUGAGGACGAGAGAGCGCGUGGGAGGAGUGGGGAAGGAGGGAGGGAGGGAAGUGAGAAAGAGAGAUACGCGUUGCGAGUCGAGUGUGUCCCGUGUCGCCGCGCUUUAAGCUUCAGCCAAGUCAUCGUGGUCGUCGUGGGUGGUGCGUGGCGGUUUCCCCGCGAGUGAAACAAAUGCGUGCGCGUCGUACGCUACGACGAGCUAUUACGACGAGACCGUCAACGAAGUGCGUCGCUGCCUCCGUCAUCGUCGCUGUUGCCGUCGCGUCAUCGUGCCAUCUCGCCGUCGCGCCAGCAGCACCGAGCAGCCGUCGCCGCCGUCGCCAGCGUCGCAGCCGCUCGCUUUUACGCGCGAUCUGAGCCUCCGUGUCAACCGAGGGACGGCCAUAUUAAUCCACCACCACCACCACUACCACCGCCACCACCGCCGCCGCCGCCGCCGCCGUCGCCGACGACGACGAAGUACUACGCUUCCUGGUGCUCCUGUCGGAGUUUCGUGACGAGGGUUUUUUCUAUCAGGCCCCUCCGUCGUCGUUCGAGGGUACCGUGCGUGCGUGCGAGUGCGUGUGUGUGUGUGUGCGUUCGUGCGUGCGUGCGUGCGUGCCCAGGUCUCCGAAGGGUCUGCCCGCGAAGAGCUUCACGGUUCUCUCGGUUUGUUUCCCUCCGUCUCCUGCCACAACCACCGUCGCCGGAUGACGGCGCGUAUACGUGGUGCGUGCGGCACGGUGCGACCUGUGUGUACGACGAGCGGCAUAGUCGACGAGGUGCGUCCCGUGCCGCCUGAUGUCUACGCAUCGUCUUCGUCGCACGGAGACAGCAGCACAGCAGCGGCUCGCCACCCCCGUGUCUACCCCUACCUCCGGCAGCAAUACCACCCUUCCUAGGCCCUAUGGUAGCCACACGCUGCAAUCGGUUCCAGCGUCGCACAGUGGUUUGGUCACGAGCUCCAAAGGGCAAGAAUAUAAUUUUACAAAGGGGCUCGAGGCAACACUGAGUGACAGCAAGAAGAAGUACAGCGACAAGGUGAGUGCGCUUCUGUCAGCCUGGGAGCAUGUCACCAAUUUUAUUCCUGCGGCGCAGCCCGAGGCCAUCCAGUCUCUCAUAGAAUGGGCUCACAGACAUACGUUGACAUUGGUAUUGCGCGGGGAGUGGCCGAAGUUGUCACCCGUCGCCAAAACGCACCUCUGCGUAACGCUGCAGAGGUGUUUGUCUCAGCUGGGGCAAAAUUCCGCUGCACCCAGGUGUACCGCCCUGCUGGCGCUGGUGAACAAUCCAUGGACGCAUCCCGUCCUCGACAGCAUACUUAACGGCCAACCGGAUUCCGAACAUGAGGAGGAAUUCUGUUGUUCGGAGAAAGGCGAGCUGCUGACGAUGAGACUGAAGAUACUCUGCGAGGACCGCUGUGAGGACAUAGCGGUGAACCUCGCCGCCGCAUGCGUGCGCUCGCUCAGACGAAGCGAUCAGCUGCGGUCGCUUUCGGAGUCUCAUCAUGUCCAUUACAUGAUCGACGUGUACAUCGUCCUCUUGUACAAAUUGAAACGCACGCAAGAUAUUUUCGCUCAAUUAAAAUUAAUGGACCUCAACGACGGGCUUGAAUUGGUCCAAAGGCUUAGCGGUGAGAAGCCAACGAAGUAUGGAACGGCGCGUGUUUGGAGAAAUUCGAUAAAGGCCGCGGAAUUGGUCGCGCAGUACCUCGUUACUGCCGGGAUGGUACGACCGGUAUCGGAAACCGGUGCAAAUAUUUUGGAGCAGAUUUUGAACUCUUGGGCGCUGUUGCACGCAAAAUUGAAGGACGUUGCUCUGACUCUGCCCGGUAUGAUUAGAAAAUUAAUUGAACCCGCGGAAAGUGCUCAACAUAUUUAUAUCUUCUGUGCAGUACUUGCAAAACAUUUCGGCGAGAGUAUAAAACCUUUGGUGAUUGAACUAUACAUAAGAGCGCUAACAACGGAUAUGAACGAGUUGGAGAGUCAAAAAGCGAAGUCGGACAAGGACAAGGUGCGCGAGACCGCCAAGCGUCUGAGCACGCAAUUUCUGAAAUUGGCGGACGUAGUGGACAGCAAUAUUGGCAUAGCAAGAGAAUGCGUUUUGACGGCAUUUUCCCUACAUCCUACGAGAACCUGUUACGACAGAAUAAAGGAAUUAGCGGUAGCGUGUGGAAAGGCGAAGGAAGAUGGUGUAUCGCAAGAGGAGCCAAGUAUCAAAGUGGAACCAAUUAUCAAGGACGAGUUAAUUAUCAAGGAAGAAUUUAUCAAGGAGGAAGAACCCAAAGAAGAAACUAAAGUUGAUCUUCCCGUGUCGACCGUUGAGAUCGAAGUAAAAUCCGAACUAACGGAAGAUAACAGCGUCACGGAAACAUCCUUGGCGCCUUUGCUGAGUUCGACAGUUUUAGAAACGCAGCUGCCAAAUCAAAAUUCGACAGUUGCAAAGAGUAUAGAUCUUCAAAAUAGUCAGGUAACGAAAACAUUUGAACGGACCGAUCAGUUGUUGAAGAGCCUACUGACGACAAAGAAUCCCGACGUGAUGUUAUCUGAAACCAAUCAAUUGCCAACACCAGCGACGUCGACCAGCGGCAGGUGCCCUUUGCAUCUGAAGUGUGAAUCUUCAUCCGAGCACAGUCAGCUCUGUUUUAAUUGUGGUGAAUUUACCGAUAAUAAGCAAUUAAAAGACGAUAAAUCACAAUUGGACGAAAGUAGCACAACGCUGGGGAAGAAUGUAGAAAGAACAUUGGACGCGUUGAUCUUGAUCAAGGGCGAUGCGGUGACAGGCUCGGCUAAUUAUGAUGAGAAAUCUGUGCCCAGUCAAGUGUUAGAUGGCGAGAAACUAGGUUUAUCGCCGCAACUGUGCGACGAUCUGGCUGUAGUACUGAGUAGUCCACGUUACCACAUGCUUAGCUGGGUAUUGGACUGGAAGGAGUUGAAGAACUUAUGCGAGCGAUAUCUCGAGAACGCCGAGGAGAUGCGCAAUACAAACAAGGAACUUAAAUAUUUAAAUAUCGAUUAUUCUCAGUUCAAGGAUUGGCCAUCAGAAGACGAUACCAAGGACGUCUUCUUCGGCAUAGAAAAGGGCUACGAGCAAUGGGUUGAUUUGCCCUCCGACAGUUCCGAACAAUUCGGUAGCUUCCAACCGGCGGCUGGUUAUAAACGUUCGUCGAUGCGUCGUAGUCUUGACGAUACUACGACAGACUCUGACAGUGGUAGUGUAUUACGUGUUCGACGAACCGCACGAACACGGAAAAUCCAUCGACUAGAAUCGUCCGAAAGCGACUACGAUAGCACUGAACGUAAACCAAAGCACUUUAGGAAUAGGAUUAGCUCGGUGUCGGACAGCGACAGUAACACGCAGGAUAGUCAGACUGAUAGCCUGGGUAGCGACGGUUGUCGAUUAGAAACUAAGAAGAAAUCUAAUAAAUCAAGCGGCAAAGAGUCCAACAAGAAACGAGCGUCGAAGACAUCGAACCUUACCGUCGAGUCCGUUUCGCAUUUUCAUAUGUUAGUCAAUGAGGAGCGGCAUACGAACGCACAUGAGGAUGCAAGUGGCUCUGACGUUAGCAGCAACGAUAUCAUCACUCUCUUUUCUGCCGACAUGGACGAAAACAAGCGUGAAACUAUCAAAGGAUCAGCGUACACUGCCGCGGCGCAAUUAAUCAUUACGGCAGGUGAAACGCUUCCAAGACGAAGCGAUCCAGCGGUACUCAAAUCUCUUAGGAUGUUUAGAUCAAAAAAGACAUCGAGAAUUUCGCAAAUUCUGCAGAAGAAUCUGUUAAAUAAAAACAAGGACACUAACAACGGCAAUCGGACGGACACCGAGCAACAAGCAACUAAUAACAUUUCGAAAUUUGCGCCAAUGCUGAACACGCUGAAUCUGAAUCCGAAGAUUGUGCUGACGCGCACGGACGAACCCGAUUGUAAAUUGACAAGCCGUGCCAAGAAAUCGCAGCAGCGGCUGAGUAGCGGUGACAUCACCAGCGAGCUGAUGAACAUACAGAAAACGAUGCCAUUCUCGCCAAACAAAAAUGUAAUAACGUAUCAAAAGAAGUCAAAAAAUCGUACUGCAAGCGGCAAGAGCAACGCCAGCGGCAAGAGCGACCACCUGCCCUGUUCUGUAGUACUCGACGGACGUUGCGAACAUCAUCAUCACAAUCAUUUUGGCUCUGUCAAGUCAAACUUAAAUAAAACCAAGUUUGACAUUCUCGAGCAAGCCGUUAGGGAUUCUGACAUAUUGGCCAAAAAUGUACCAGGUCUGAACUCAUUGGACAUGAUGGUACCGCCGCGGCAGCGUUCCACGGUGAAUGUUGUCCAGCUUUCCAGAAGUGGCGUGCCACAGAGCCCAAAUUCCGCUACGGGCACACCGACAACCAUUAACGUCAGCGGUAGCACGCCGCCGCGGCCAACACGCACUCCGAGUGUGGCUAGCAAUCAAAGUAGCAGUGGCGGUGGCAACGGCAGCAUACAACUGCCAGGUACCCCGUCCUCAACGGGCGGACACGACAGCGGGGUUGGUAUGAGUCCAGCCGGUCAGACGCCACCAUUGAGAUCAUCGUCAAACCUCGGAAUAUCAGAUGCUAUCGGCGAGGAAGCUAAUCAGUCAUUGGACGCUGUAUCACCGUCGACUAUCGGCUCACUCCCGACGACGACGACGAUGGCUGCUAAUAACGUCUCUGUAGUCCAUCAACUCACUUCUACCGAAUCGUCAAGUCCGAUAAGAACAAUGGCGCAGAUGCGUCGCGUAAGCAAUCAGCAGAAUAACCAAUCACCGAAAAAGUCACCCUCUUCGCCGUGUUCCGCGGGUGUGGGAGCGAUUACAACAAUGACGACGGCGACGACCACGAUGCCUUCGAGCGGACUGAUCGCUGCAUCUGACUCAUUAAAAGUUAUCUGCAAAUCUGACGGCAGUUACCAUCUUGCGUCUAUCAGUCCCAACCAGAUCAUGCCCAAUCAGAGGAACAUUUUAAGUUUGCAGAAUCUAGAGGAUGGUGGUGCGAAUUUUGUACGACAGACGACGCAACGCGGUGCGGAUGCAACACAACAAACGUCAUCUAACAGAAAUGCCUACGAUCGACUGAGCGGCACAAGCACUGUAAAGAAUACGUCGCAGACCGGCCAAAACGCCGGUUUGCCCAAGUUCCAACAGGCCUUCCGUAAAACCUCCAUCUAUACUCUGUCAGAUGCGACCGCAAGUGGAGUUGCUAAUGCUGCGACGGAUACUCCGCUGGGUGGCGUCCAACAAGUGACGACGACGUCUGCACAGAAAACGACGAAUCUAUCAAAGGCGGUGCAGACAUCCGUACCGAACAACCAACAGCAGCAGCAGCAACAACAGACAAAUACCGGAAAUGUAAAUGUGCAAUCGAUCAUUCCUAAUCUGCAACUGCCAGCUGGCAGACAGAUAGUCAACAUUGUGCCGAAUUCCGGUAAUAACGGUCCGACGAAUACUCCUAUCGGUUCAAAUCAGGCCGCGAAUCAAACGAUCACACAACUCGUGCAGAAUGCCAGUUCGAACCCUGGAGUUAUAUACACACACAAGGUAAUAGCUGGCAAUAAUCCGAACCAGCUCAACAUUAUCCCACCGGCAAUUAUAUCGCACGCCAAUUCGGUACCGGGUGGCAGAACUCCUGUAGUCAAGCUUAACAUUAUCCGUACGCCGGUUAGACAACAGAAUCUCGCGGGAACUAUCCAGGUCCUGACUGGACCAAGAUUACAACAACAACAGCAACAGCAACAACAACAGCAAGCCGUGAGAACUAACAGUCUUACAAUCGGUCCUUCAAUUGAAGUGAACAAUCAAGUGAGCUCGACGACUCUCGACGAACAAUUACGAGAGUUCGAGAGCGUACUGGAACAGGUGAAGGAGAGGAGUAUCCAGCCGCAGUCUCAUCAGUCGAUCUCUAAUAGCGCAACAACAACAACCGUACAAACGCAGACCACCACGCAGCAGACUCAAGCAAGUAAACAGCAGCAGCAAAUAUCCGUUAGCACCUUGGCGCAGCAACUGAUGAUGCCGACGCAGUCGAACGCUAACAAUGAAUCGUUUGCUAGCAAUGGCAAUACCGUGGCAUUCCAACAAGAAUCUGUGUACCCGCAGAAGGUCUCCCUGGCCUAUGUAAAUCCAAACAGUGGCACCGCCAAGGUGGCGACUAAUUCCACGACACCGGUGGUCGUAGUCACUAGCUAUUGUCAACCAGCGGCGUCGCCAGCGCUGAGCGUUACGUCUCAGAGUUCCUCGAGCCCGUGCGUGACACCAGCACCAGCGCCGAUAUCACAAUCGACCGGCAAAACGCCAUCAACACCACCGUCCGUCGCACCUGGGACCGCCGUUGUUAAAAGUAACGUGAAGAAAUCGACACCCAAGGCGGUCAAAAGCAACACCACUAAUACAUCUAAGGCGUCACCGAUACCAAAACCACAACAGAAGCCACAAGAAGAUGAGCAAACUGCUCAGCGAAUCUACGCAAUUCUUGAUGAGUACGCGGAGCAGCUAAGAAACUCUCCGGAUCUCAAUAACAAACCAGCGCCUCGCAGAAGAUCUAAUCCGCCGACUAAUCCGAGUCAAUCGACGAAAAAGAAGAGAACAAAUACCAACAAGACCAAGCCAGUAGGACAGCAGAAUUCUGAACUGAGUCCUAGCACGGACGAUCUUGGUAGAACUAUGGGCAGUGAGGAUUCGUCCAGCGGUAUUGUACAUGUGCAGGAUAGUCCGGCAGGUUUUUCUGCACCAGAGGAACCUUCGAUGAGUGCAGAUGCGAGCGCAGAGGUGCGCAAUCUGACGAGCGACUCGAACGAUGGCGUUGAAGUAAACGUGAAGCGACGUAAUCUCAUUUUCACGGAACCAGGCUCGGGACAGCCACGGGCAGUGAUCGUCCAGGAAGCAUUGCAAUCUGGUUCGGUGAGCGAGGCGCUUGCCUCGGUCACAAGCAAAAUGAGCGGUACGUCGGUGCUGAUGCCUACCAGUAUUGUGCUGCCACUAAUGAAGGGCACCGCUCAGCAGUUCACCAUAGUAUCCGGAUCCAAAUUGCUUGCGACUAUGCCGACGACUGUGCGUACGGCCAGUGGUACUGCAGUUCCCAACACUCUACUCUUGCAGUCCUUUCUUAAUCAAGGCAAGUUAAUUCCGGCACAACCACAGGUUAAGCAGAUGAAGAUGCAGCCAUCCUUGCAGACAUUGUCGAACAACAAUCAAACGUUGACCAGCGCGCAGAACGUUCAAAAUACACCAGUGGUGAUAUCGCAGACUGGAAACACACAGUUCGGUGCAGAAGCAGCCACUGUGACGGUGUCUACACCGGAUAAGCCCAGUGUGAUCAAUGAUUUGACGUUGAAGAAUGAUACUGUAACCGCUGGUAAUGCGAUUGCAGUCGAAUCAGCACCUACGAACACCGCUAUUGUGGUAAACAAAAAUAAUCCAACUCUCAGUCUGAUCGGAACUCGAAACAUUAACGAGAUAUCGGACAACCAGCAAAUAUGCGGUGUCAUCACCAGCAAUUCGACACUGCAAGGCGCGAGGUUCUACAAUUCAAACUUACACAAGCUAUCGACACCCGCCACUCUGAAAACGGAAAAUGUAGUCUGCAUCGCGCCGGCUGCUACGGUCUCCCAUUCACCAGAAAAGAAAUCUCCUCAGGACGGACAAAUACAAGAAAAACCAGUGUCCUUACAAACGGGCGCCACCAUUGCGCUCACCUUUACUCAGCAGACUGAUGUGAAUGCUAUGCUGAACGACGCAAAUCAACAGCAGAAGGACACAAAAGAAGCUUCUACUGAAAUAACGACCGGUUCCAAAAUUAUUUCACCGAAAACAGUAAAGAGAAAAUUCGAUAACGCUAUCAGCAUACAGGAAAAUAUGUCGCCGAGAACUUUGAUCUCCUCGAGCAUUGCUACAUCGUUACAGAAUAAUACGAAAAUUGAGUCGAUGUCUCCUAUUACUUCCACGAACAAGCAAUCGAGCGUUAUUGAUAACACGACGCAAUUCCUAGUGACUGGUGGACCGAGCAGUUCGGACAGCCAAGAGUCAUCUGUGCAGCAAUCCACCGAAACAAUUGAUGGAUCUUGCAAAGUUGGAAACGGGCUACUGUACGAAAACGCACGGUUACAAGAAGCUUGGGAAUCGGAAGGAAAGAUUUCACCGGAAACGCCAUGGAGAUAUGUUCCUACGGCAAUGAAUGCAUUGAAUAACGAAUCGUUGAAAGCAUAUUCCAGAAAGAUAAUUCAACAACUGGCCACGAUUAAUUCCAGGGAUAAUGACAAUUCCGAGAGCGUACUACAGAUUAUUAACAAGGGCCAAGGCAUCGAGAUGGCGAGUGGACAGCUUUAUCAGUCGAACGCGAAAAAAUACUUCAUGAAUCAUACUCUGGACACUUCAUAUUCUAAUAAAAGCAACUUGAUGAAAUCACAGCUAACUCCCAAAAUGGAAUUGAUGCAACAGAGAAUAGAGAAAAAAGCCGCAUACGAACGUGAACUUAAGCUACAAAAGAGUUUAUCAGAGGAGUGCGAAGACCUGGGAGUCGACGAGCCUAGCACCAGCGAGUUAUUUCCCGAGGCAGAGCUGCUAUUUGACACAAAUCACUCGCCGUCAUUUGAUCAUUCCUCGCAAGAUGCGUCCUGCAGUCAGUCUCUGGGCAUGAAACCGUAUAAUAGUUUAUAUUUCCGAUCGCUAGACUCAUCUAGUGGCAGCAGAGAUGCAAGUCCAAUAAGCGAUUUCAAGAUGAACGACCGCAAAAAGAACACGAGCCAACGCGCGAGAGCUUUAAAGGAUUCGUUGAAGAGAGGAAAACGAGAGAAGGAGGAUCUGCAAUUGGAUAUUCCAGCGAAACAUAUACGAUUGGCUUUGGACAAUCUAAGUCAGGAUGAGGCGUCAAACAGCAAUUCGGACAUCUCUAGGUUAUCACCGGCGAACAUUGGCUCUUUGGAGAAUGACUCAUCAAAAGAUAUGAGUCAUCGCGUGAAAUUGACCUCGAGGAGCGGCUCGAAAGAGGGAACACCCAGUAGCGUAUCUAGCAUACCGUCUAACAUGAAACUAGACAUCGACUUGGAUUCAGAAUCGUUGCCGCCUAGCAUUAACGUUAACAAUGCUUCAACAGCAAGUUCGGGUGACGAGAGCUUGACGUUGCUAAGCGGUAAUACGGUGGAUCAUCAUACUAUACCAUCGCCAUUGUCACCGUUAACGGCUGGACCAUUGCUAUCCACGCACAAGUAUACGUAUACCAAUAAAAAGCGUAUGUCAUCGUCCAAAAUGCGUAUGGAUUCGUAUAUGGCAUGGGAGAGUCCAGUGUCCGAGCGCAUGAGGUCUAGCAGCGACGAUGAGGACUCCAGCAUCAGUGAGUCAAUCGGUAGCCAACUAGAAGAUAAUGUCAUGCUGAGCAAUGGUUUGGAAGACAGUGUACAAACGUUAAAAUCUUUGUCCUCCGAUCGGCAUUGCACUUACAUAAAGAAAAAGGAGCAAAACAAGCUGCAGAUGAAUACUGCGAGAGUGAUUUUGAAUCGCGCUGAUCAUAAAUCGACAAUGGCGGCAACGACGCUUUCGAAACGAAUUCCUAAGACAGAUUCGAUAACAGCAACAGAGUCAAUGAUAAUAUCGACCGACAAGGUAUCAGAAGCGUCAGAGGACGAGACGGGCAAUAUCGUGCUGAUGGAGCCAGCGGAUUGCCGUGCCAGAAGAUCCAGUCUGCGUUGUCACGUGAAGAAGAACUGCGCGUGCUGCAAUGGCUCACCGGAGCGACCGAAAAAGAAACCUACGGCGACGACGACGGUCAAGUCAACGGAUCACAAGCUGAAGAAGCGACUGUCAUCGAAGCAGCCUGGCAAGAAGAGGUAGUCCUAGCGAUCUAACGCUCGCGUGAGCAUCGCAAUAUGUUGUUAUAUCAUUAGCGUAGCAUCAUCGUCGAUGAUGUAUGAUGCGACGUUGAUACGGGCGUUUCAGCGCGAUCGAAACCGGACCGGGGAGGGUUUAACGCUUCUCGCUAAAAAACGCGAUUCAGACAGCGAACGAUCUUAUUUGCGGAUCGAAAGAUUCAUGAUGAUGGCAUUGUAAAUAUUAUUAAAGGCGUGCUUAGAUGCGAAUUCCGUGAAUCUAUCAUACAUAAAAUAUUUCGAGUAUUCGGUGACCGCAAUAGCACGCAGGCAGGCGGACUCAAUUGUGUGAGCAAAAGAAAUAUUCUCCAUGAAUUAAAAUUAACAGUGAAUCUAUUUCACAUCUAUGUGCGUGCUGUAUGCGUGCAUAUUAAUAUAUGUGUGAAUGGAUGCGUGAAAGGAAGGAGAAAAAGAGAGAGAAAGAGAGAACGGGAAUAAUAAGCAUACGAUUUACUAAUUAAUUAUCGUCGAUAACAGUAGGUAAUCUCUCUACCAUUAGGUGUUAAUUAUGAUAUUAAAUUGUAAGGUUCAGAUCAUUUAUGUAUGGCAGACUUAGAUUUUAAAUCGUUAAGGACCGUUUUAGCGAUGCAAUCUAGUCAAGUCGUUUUUGUGACGGGGAAUAGAUGACAAGUAAAUAAAGCGUUAAGAUAAGAAAAGCAAGCGAAAACCAUAACGAUCGUUAAUAAAUCCCUCGCAGAGUAAAGAGAGAGAGCCUGAAUUUAUAUAAUUCAACCUACAGUAUGUCUAUCACAUGGCAAAGCUAUUCCGCGUUGUAACAUGGUGUGGUCAGACUGAAUAGACAAAUAAUACUAGAGUUCUCUUUCCGAAGAAAUAUUAGGAUAAUAGUAACAAGGACGUGCGGUCCCGGAAUCGCAUCGUCUUUGCCUUUCGUGUAAUGCUUACCUGUAUCUGUAUAACUCUAACUUUAUAUAGGAAGAAAAUUGUCGCUGUAAAUUCUCGGCACUCUGCUCUUAGACGAUCCCCGAAGAACGCGGGAUCGUUAUAAUGGAUAAGACCAAUACGCCCUCAAAUAUGCAAGGCGUAUGUGAAAUGAGAGGAGAGAGAAAAAAAAAGAUGUGGAGUGGCAAUAACACGUUCUAUGGAUCAUUCUAACAGCUGUCUGUUGUACGGCCCGACCAUACCUUGUCAUGGUAUAUGUAAAAAUCCACGAUUGUACAUUGCGUAGAUAAUUCAUAUUAAAAAGAUAUAAUAUUAUAUAUACAUAUAUAUAUCGCUGCACUUUAGUACAAAAACGCUUCACUUUGUUUCAAAUGAGAAUGAUAGAUUUAUAUCGUAUCUCCGUGUGCUGUCGUGAGCGAAUGAAUGCCCGCAAAUUUUACUAUGGACUUAACUUUAAACUUAUAACUUGUAAAAGUUCGUGAGAACGGGAUAGAGACUGUAUGGGAGUAUGAGUUUAUCUAACAUUUCGUUAUGAUAAUUACGAUUAAACGUACGUCGGGUGCUGAUAUCCAUUCCAAAAUUUUUUAUCCCGGCGCACGGUAUAUAUAUAUAUAUAAAUAUGUAGAGAACUACUACGUCGAGUUUGUUCUUUCUCUCUUUUUCUGUUCUCUUUCGAUGUUGCAAGAAAAGAAUAUCGUAGCUUCAAGUAAUCGAGGUGUAACUGUUCCUGUGAAUAGUGUCUCAUUACGUGAUAUGAACCAAAGUGAAAGCUCUAUCGAGAAGGCGUGAGAGAAACGCGUAAUGAAUCGAUGUGAAAAGCAAACAGCAAUACACGUGUAGAAUAUGUAAACUGUAAUUAAAAAUUAAUUCGACUAUUCUGUAGAUUUUUGUUUUUUGUUUUUUUCUAUAGAAUGAUAAUUUAGUUAUUUCUUUCAGUAAUCGUUAAUCUUAUAUUUAAAAGAGAAUUAAGGAUAUAUUAUUUGUUGGAUAUAAUAAUAUAUAUAAAUGUAUAUCUAAUAAUAUAAAUAUUACAUGAUUGAUUUGACUAAAUGAGCUAAAUGGAUACCGGAGAGAAGAUUUUAAUUAUAUUCUUUCUCCGAAUUUAGUGUUAUUACAGAUAUUAAAAUUAUGAAAGGAUAGUUAUAUAUAUAUAUAUAAUAAAUAUUAUUUUCUGACAGAACAGCACGGCAAAUAGAACUGUUGUAGAGCGCUGCAAAUCUUUAUAGUUAAUUUUGAUAUAAAUUACAUUAUAUAGAGAAUCCACAUGUGGCGCAUAAUCUAUAGUUCUUCUAUUAUUACGUUUCUUUCUAAUUUACAUAUUCUACACGUACGAUAGCAAAUGAAAUGAUUAAUAUCUUUCUCUCUACGAGAUGUAUGUGAUAUAAUCGUUUCGUUAUAAACUGUAAAUUAUAUCGUGAAACACGUUCCUUUCGAUUUUCCCAUUCAGUUAAAGGACGAACAAGAUACCUACCUCGUGCGUUUCAUCUCUUCCUAGUUUAUCUCUAUUAUGAUUCUUGAGCGUGGAAAUUCGAAUGUUCCACGUAUGUAAUCGUUCGACGUAAUGGAAUAUUCACGUAUGUUUGUCGUAUGAUAGAGUCGUUCUAUGAUCUCGCGAGGUAUAAACGCGACUCGCGUUUCCGAGAAGAAGCACGUCGGCGUUUUUCUUUCUCUUUCUUUUUUUAUAUCUGCAGUUUUAUUUUAAAUACGAUUCGGAAAAAUAAUUGGGAUUUUAAUUACGAUAAAAAUUCUGUAACAAUGAAAAAGUAUAUGUAAAUAAAUUAUGUUUGAAGUAGUAUUUUUGUUAUCUCGCUAUUUUUCUAAUUAGGACGGAUUGAAGAGCGCAAAUCUGUUAAUAAUGUUGUGUUAAAGCGAUCUUAUUGUAGUGUGGCCUAGAUUACAUAUUUUUCUUUCUCGAAUUUCAUUGUUAGGAGGAAGAUGAAAAAAAUUGUACUCUGAUUUGCGUCAAACGAGAUCGAUUGUAUUUUAUUUCCGCAUUCCAAAAUCAAACUUUAUGUAAUUGAGGCGGUCUGCAUAAAUGCGCGAGAGAAUUUACUUUUUAAUUGAAAGAAAGUUUUAUUUAUGGAUUAAAUAAAUUAAUUUAUGGCAAAGGAGCACACCAUUCUUUUUUUUUUCAUAGGUAGACCGUCUCUUUCAUUUUGCACUCACAAUAUGAUUUUCUCUCACGGUUUUCUCUCGGUUUUCAGCGCGAGAGAAGCGUAUCUUAAGAAAAAGAAAAUCGCGUUUCCACUCGAGUUAUUUGUAUAAAGCGAGGACAAGUUCAAUAUAUAUAUUCCUGCGGUAAAAGUAAGAGAAUGUGCUCUAUCUUCCUGUAUAUGUGAGAGAGAGAGAGAGAGAGGGAGAGAGAGAGAAAGGAAAGAGAAACGGAGAGAGAAAAAUACGGAGAAAUGUCGGCGUGUCUCCGCAUGUAAAAAUUCCGAGUGAGUGUGAGUCUCACCAAAUAGAGAUGCGUAUUUUUUGAAUGGGACGUCAAUGGGAGAUAGCUUCUAGCUCACGCACGUCGGACGCGCGUGCACCACUCGAUUGUCGGUGAUAGUCUGGCCUUUCGCCACCCAGUUUAGUCGUACCAAUCGCAUUUAUCAUAGAGGGGUGUGUAGUCUUUUCUCAUCGUUAAGGCAAAUCCGAGAGGCGGACUCGAGGGUAAGAACAGGAAAGCGAAAAAGAGAGAGAAAAGGGGGGAGACGCAUUUCGAGACGAGGAUUAGAGCCGGUGCAAUUUCGGAGAGUUCGAUUUUCUGACGUGAAGAUUGUCGCGGAGAUUCCUAAUCAUCAGAGAAGAGCGGGUUGAAGAUCUGAUCUCGCUGAGAUUUCACACCGGUGUCGGACCUUAGCGUUUACGGAUCGAGGCGAGAUAUUUUCCCAAAGCUAAGCUUCUUCAGGUACUUAAAGAGUUAGAAAGGCAGGGAGAAAUAGAGGGAGAGAGAGAAGAAAAAAAUAAUGAUAAAAUAAAACAACCCGCUUACAUUGAUCGUUAAGCGAUAACUUAAGAGUUUUUGUAUCGUAUGUUUGUUAAGACUACUGUUUUUGUCACUCAACACCCUACCAGUAUUCGAGAAAGAGAGAGAGAGAAGAGCGAGUGAAAAGGAAUGAGAGCAUGCGAAAGAGAAUUGAGAGAGAGAGAGAGAGAGAGAGUGUGCGAAUGUUAUCGUACGUCACUUUAGUAUCAUUAAAGCGAGCGACGUACAGUAAAAAAAAGCAGAAAAGGGAAUGAAUUUAAGGCUGCAUUUCGAUAUUACUGCCAGUACUGAAAAUCUAUAAUGUAAGUAACGAAAACUAUAGAUUUUCAGUACUGGCAGUAAUAUUGGGACACAGCCCAUGAGUGCGAGCGAGCGGAGAGACGGUGGUGAAGAACGAGCGAACAGCCGCAAAACGUACAUUCAUUAAGCUACGCAAUGUCAUCUAGCACAAACCACUCAGAAAUAUAAUUUGAGCGAUCAGUUUGUAAGAAGAGAACGGAGGGCGAAUGUAUGAACAUGACGAAACUCUGAUCACGGAUGGAUAACAAUCGUCGCGAUGGCAAAUGCGAAAAGAGACGUGCUCCUGUGUACAUAACGAACGAUAAGAGAACGAUGGGCCACGUGUUUCGUAAAGGAAACAUUUUUUAGACGGUUACUGAAAGAAGUUUAAUUUCAAGAUAUUAAAAUUUUUUGUUUCUGCCUUUGUUCGUUGAAUAUUUAGAGAUGUUUUAAAAUACUAAAAGGCUUAAAGUUGAAAUCAUUAACAGCUUUGAAACACUUUCCAGAAGAUAUCAAGGUGUUGUGGAGUCCUAAAAGAUACCUUAAGAUAUUUUUAAGAUAUUUAUUAUAAGAUGUGUGAUGGAUUUGUAAAAAAUAUCUUCCAAGACAUCUCCAUAGAUAUCUCAAAUAAUAUUUAAAAAUGCUGCAUUUUUUAGAUUACUGAAAAAUAUCUUUUUAAAACUUAGAAAAAAAUACAAGGCACGUCUCAAGGUAUGGCAAGAUGUUGUUUUAGAAUUUUUUUUAAAAAAAGAAUAUCCAUUUGUUUAUACGGGUAUAUUUUUUCUUUUUUUUUUAAUUUUAAGAAUUAGAAAGAUAAAAGAAAUAUAUAUAGUAUAAAUCAAACCGAGUUUCAAAUUGAAAUGCAAUCGGUGCAAAGGGAUCUUAGUGUUUUGAAUCUAAAUACCGUUUAAAACUAAAAUAUUUUUGAAUAUUUAGAAAAUGGAGGCAGAAACAUUUUAAUGUCUUAAAAAGUUUUUUUUAUGCCGCGUUAAAUGUUAUUAAGAAACCGAGUGUCCUGUGAAAAUUAUGCAACUGCAAAAACGUGGCCUCUCGCGAUCUUGAAAAGCAAGAUUGUUUUGAAAAAAAAUCAAAGAGCUUUUAUGUAAGUGGAACUGUGCACCGCUCUGAUUAAUGUAUAUGAUAAUUACUCUACGUUGGAAAUAUUUUGAGGGUCCUCACAUACAUGUACUGUUUAUCAUAGGAACAGUAAUGCGUUGUAAAUUAUUUUUAUCAUGUAAAACGGCAUUGUACUUCCCUCUAGAAAACCAAGUUUAUUUUUUCAUAUAUGGAGAUGGUGCUUAGGACCUUUUUUACAUAAAGUCCAUUCGAGUACUCCGUUCUGGUAUUCGCGUGUAUGUUAUGGGCGAGACUGAUGCACAAAUUGCAAUCACGAUAUAAAAGAAAUUUUUCGUAAUAUAUAAUGAAACAGCGACGAAGCAAUCCACCGUAUUUCGCUCGCAAAGAAGAGGAGACACUGUAAAUAAGGCUUUAUUUCGCGAAGCGACUUCGCAACUUUUUUCAUCAUAUUGCACUUGCAGAUUUUCGAUGACGGGUCUUUGCUUCGUAUCGAGUUAAAAGCCAAGCGCAAUCAUCUAUCUUUGUCUUCUGGAUGA